CAGAACGAAACCACACUUGUGUUUAUAUUUGUUGUGUAUCGGUGUCGCGAGCUUGCGAAGUUGUCAGUAUGAUGACAAAGUAAUCCCCAUUAUAAGGAAAAGUCUGUCCACUACAGUAUGGAGGACACUACUGUGGCGACAGAUAACAGAAUUAAUGAAAUUUUAACUGAUAACUUGAAAGUUGAUGCCUUACAAGAAGCCCUCUUAAAUCUCUUGGAAGUUCCUAAGUCUGAGAAGGAAACAGCAAAUCUUACAACUGUUUGCAAUGAACUGCAAAGGGCAUUCACUGACACUGUGUCAGAAGCAACUGCAUCAGCUGCAGCCAGCCAUGAAAAUCAGCAAGGGGGUGCCCAGAAAUCUGCUGAAACACCAAAGCCUGCAGGGGCAUCAAAUGCAGAAGUUUCUGCCCGGGUCCAGGAUUCUGGUGUACAAAUUAUUGUGACAGCUUUAGCUCGGCAAAAUAAUCCUCAUCGGGCUCAGUUUAUAGCAUCGGCACUUCAUCAUUUGUCCUCAACUAAUACAGUGUCACCAAAAGUCAUCUGUAUUAGUCUUUUAACCAACAAAAACCUCACACCUGAUAAUGAUAUCUUUUGGAUUACUGCCUUUGGGCUCAUCAAAAAGAUUGUAACUGGUGUUGACUACAAAGGAGUUAGAGAAAUUAUGAAGCUUUGUUUAGAGAAAGCAGGAAGACUACCUGUUAAUCUCAGACGUUCGCAUCUUCCUCUCGUUGAAGCCCUUUAUGAGGUUAUGGACCUGAUAUUUGAUCGCAGUGCAUCAUUAUUACCAGGGUACUUUAUUGUGAAUGAGCUUCUAAAAUUAUAUCCAGAAUACAAAAACUGGCCUCAUUGGAAAGUUGAUGCCUUACAAGAAGCCCUCUUAAAUCUCUUGGAAGUUCCUAAGUCUGAGAAGGAAACAGCAAAUCUUACAACUGUUUGCAAUGAACUGCAAAGGGCAUUCACUGACACUGUGUCAGAAGCGACUGCAUCAGCUGCAGCCAGCCAUGAAAAUCAGCAAGGGGGUGCCCAGAAAUCUGCUGAAACACCAAAGCCUGCAGGGGCGUCAAAUGCAGAAGUUUCUGCCCGGGUCCAGGAUUCUGGUGUACAAAUUAUUGUGACAGCUUUAGCUCGGCAAAAUAAUCCUCAUCGGGCUCAGUUUAUAGCAUCGGCACUUCAUCAUUUGUCCUCAACUAAUACAGUGUCACCAAAAGUCAUCUGUAUUAGUCUUUUAACCAACAAAAACCUCACACCAGAUAAUGAUAUCUUUUGGAUUACUGCCUUUGGGCUCAUCAAAAAGAUUGUAACUGGUGUUGACUACAAAGGAGUUAGAGAAAUUAUGAAGCUUUGUUUAGAGAAAGCAGGAAGACUACCUGUUAAUCUCAGACGUUCUCAUCUUCCUCUCGUUGAAGCCCUUUAUGAGGUUAUGGACCUGAUAUUUGAUCGCAGUGCAUCAUUAUUACCAGGGUACUUUAUUGUGAAUGAGCUUCUAAAAUUAUAUCCAGAAUACAAAAACUGGCCUCAUUGGAAAUUAUCUUCACUCCUGACUGAUUUUGUGGAUAAAUUCCGCCGAGCAGCUCAGAUGCUUUCUAUUAUUGGACGCCCAAAGUUGCGGCCAGUUGUGGAGCAUUCAGGUCACAACAAUCCAGCUCUUAAUUCUUGGAAGCUUGACUCUGUAUCUCUCAAGUUUCAACUGAAAGGAGCUCUGCCAUAUAACCCAGAAUUAUUAGAUACACAGCCAGGCCUUUUGAGAUACAUUAUCAAACAAAACUAUUCCCGGGAGAUGGUUUGCACAGUGCUGGAUGUUCAGAAAAAGCAGAAGCAACGUUGUAUAGCUUUGGAAGAACAACUCAUUGAACUUAUGAUAGCUGCUCUGGAGGACUGCAGUCGUGUUGAUCUUGCAUCAAGUAGUAAUCCUGCAAGUGGUUCCCCCAAUAGUGGAUCCCCAGUGACUACUGUUGAUCACUACCCAUGCACUUGUGCCCACCUUUCUUCACUUCUUAUAUACUUUGUGCUGUUCCAGCUCAUUUCAUUUCCUUACCUUGUAAUGGGCUUACAUAAUAAGUUGAAAGGGAAAGGUAAUCAGCAGCAGGGACGAGAUCACCUGAUGUGGGUCUUACUGCAGUUUCUGUCAGGCAGCAUACAGAAAAACCAAUUUUCUGACUUUCUCCCUGUGUUAAGGCUUAUUGAGGUAUUGUAUCCUGAUUCAGAACCUCUGCCUGUACCUGAUUAUACCGAUCCAAAAUGUGCUAUGCAGAUGUCUGCCAUGUGUAUUCUUAUGCAUAUUUUGAAGAAGGCUCAGACUGACAAUACUAAGACACCACGUUCUUUGCCUACAGUCUUUAGAAAUCAUAAUGAAUUUCUUCAAGGACUGGCUCACAACCCUCAGCUCUCACUUCUAACUCCCAAUGCAACUCCUGACUACCGUAUUGCUCUCCUGUUGAAUGCAUACUCCACAAACACAGAAUAUUUUCAGCGUCCCAUUUUAACACUUUCGGAAAGUAUUCAAGGCAACCAAAAAUCUACCGUUCCAAUGCCUGGGAUUAACUGUGUAGCUCAUGCUAGCACAACCCCGCUUAGUAUGACGCUUUUAGAUUCACUUACUGUUCAUGUCAAAAUGAGCCUUAUUCAUAAUAUUGUUCAGCAUAUAAGUAAACAAGCGCAGCACAAGUCAAGUGUAGCACUGGCGCCAGCACUGAUUGAAACUUAUGCCCGAUUGCUGGUGUACACUGAAAUUGAAAGUAUUGGAAUUAAGACCUUUAUUACCAACUUGUUAUCAUUAGUAUUCAAAAGCCAUGUGUGGAGCAUCCUUCAUGCCUUACUAGAGAUGUUCAUUCAUCGUAUUCAUCACUCGCCACCACAAUAUCGUGUCCAGUUCCUGUCAACUAUUCACCACAUGGCAGCUGUUCCACUAAAUACUAUGACUCAGAUUACACAGCUGCAUUUAUGCUUGGAGAGUGUUGCUUUGCGUUUGAUUACUGGGCUUGGGAACUCAGAAGUUAUGCCAAGUCUGACUCGUUUCUUUUCACCAGAAUCCAAACCCAAUCUUAUUAGCACUGACUCUGAGGAACUAAAUAGAGUUCUUGUUCUGACAAUGGCAAGAGCCAUACAUGUUACUGGCUGUGAUAGUACAGGUGAAUCUGCAAGAUGGUGUGUUGAUUUCUUGAAGACAGUCAUGACCCAUACUCCUCAUACAUGGGCGAAUCAUACGCUGCAGUGUUUUCCUCAAGUUAUUGCAGAUUUUUACCAACAAUGUGCUACGCCCAGAGAGAAUAUGCAUACAUUAAAGAAAGCUGUGGAAGAAGAGUAUAGGAAAUGGAAGUCAAUGAGCAAUGAGAAUGACAUCAUAGCACACUUUUCUCUUCAGCAUAACACAUCUCCAUUGUUCUUGUGCUUACUUUUCAAGAUGGUUCUUGACACAGAAAGAUUGCCUCCAAUUGCUUACAAAGUUUUGGAGCGUGUUGGUCCAAGGCAGUUAGCAGCACAUGUUCGUACCCUGUGCGAUUUCCUGGUUCUAGAGUUUUCAAAUAGUGCAGGUGGUCAGCAUGUAUCAAAGUAUGUUGAAACAAUGAACAGCAUCAUUUGGGUAUACAAUAUAGUCCCAAUAGACAGACUGAUGUUAUGUCUGGCACUGAGGACUCAAGAGGGUAGUGAAGCCCAUGUUUGUUUCUUCAUCAUACAACUUCUGUUGCUGAAACCUCCAGAAUUAAGAAAUCGUGUUCAGGAUUUUGUCAAAGAUAACUCCCCAGACCAUUGGAGGCAAAGUAACUGGUAUGAAAAGCACAUGGCAUUCCAUCGGAAGUACCCUGAGAAGUUCUCACCAGAGAGCAUCCUUGCAGAACAGGGCACAUUGACUGCACAGUAUCAAACUUUGCCUAUAUAUUUCUCCAACGUUUGUCUUAGAUUUUUGCCUGUUCUUGACAUCAUCAAUCACAGAUUUCUAGAAUUGGCCCAGGUACACAAAAAUUUAGAAACCAUCCUUGAGCGACUAGGUGUGCUCUACAAAUUCCAUGAUCGUCCAAUAACAUUACCGUGUAUAACACUUUUCCAUUAUUACGAAAGUAAAUUACGUGAGCGGCCAAAUCUCAAACGACGUUUGGUGGUUGCUGUUAUUAUGUCCCAGCAGGAAAUCCGGCCACCUGGAUGGGCACUGACUGAAGCUUAUAAGCAGUAUUUAGGAAGAUCUGCAGAUGACAUAGUUUGGAAUCCAGGAUUGCCUUAUUAUACUGCCCUUGUGAAGCGCCUUGUGAACACUAUGCAAGGAAAACCUGUAUUUCCUCACCUGGAAUGGAGAUUCAAUGAGUUUGCAAACAGUGGAGCACAUGCUUUACAUGUAACAUGUGUAGAACUCAUGGGACUGCCUUGCAAUCCAAAUAUAGUAGCCAACAUGCUACUAGAUGUUUUACUGAAAGGAUACUGUAACAUUCCUAGGGGUGAAGUCAUGGAGUGGGUGAAUACUGUUGGACUGCUGCUGACAUGGUUACCGGAACCUUAUUGGUUAGUCAUUCAUGACCGGAUAGUGGAACUUCUCCAGAAACCUUCUUUAGUUGCCCCAGGCGAUGGUAUUUUAGAUCCAUUUACAAUGUUGAAUUUAGAUCAUUUGGAGGCAACUGGCUGUGACCUGAGUGUUGCUCUCACAGUGGCAGUAGCACAUUCAUUCUGGCAUCAUGCAUCAUUUGGUCAAGUUGGCCGAAUUCCACAACUUUUGCGUGAACGUGUGCGACCUAUUUUAACUACAGAAGAACAGUUGGUGGUUGUGUAUCAUCUUAUUGGACCAUUCUUACAGCGCUUUAAUAACGAGGUAGCGCGCAAAGUCUUUGAUGUUACCAUCGAACUUUAUGAAGCAUUAUCUAAGGUUGACCACAGCGUAAAGGAACUGAAGUAUAUGGAUCCCAUUUGUGAUGUAUUGUAUCAUAUUAAAUACAUGUUUACUGGAGAUUCCAUCAAAACAGAUGUCGAAGGGAUAAUUCGAGGCCUGCGUCCAGCCUUGCAGAAGCGGUUACGCUUUAUCACUCAUCUUAACUUGGAUUCUAUUGAGAAUCCUUCAAGUGUAAAUACCAGUGGGAAUCUCCCAGGGCCUAGCAGCAGCACUACAAGUGCAAACACUAAUACUACAAGUACUAACAAUGCCAGUGGGGGAAAUAGCAACACCACUAAUGGUAACAAUACCCAAGGAAUGACUGGAGUCUCUGGAUCACAAUCUACAAAUACUGGGACUGGAACUGGGUCAGUUCUUGGAGCUCCAGGUUCUAGUGUGGGACUUGCUGGCAUAACACAAACUUCCACUUUAAGUGGAGGUUUGUCUGGGUCAGGAGGAGUGGGUGUGGGCUCUAUGUCAGCUGCCUCAAGUUUAGCAUCACUCUUACAAGAUACUUCUCCUGUUAAUACAUCUGUCCCUUAAAUUCCUAGUAUUUUGUAGGUUUUAGCAUAGUAUUUUCUUCUAUAAAUGGUAAUUGUCAUGAAUUAAUGUUAUUUUCCUAUUCUUAUAGAUAGUUCUUUGUUCAUGACUUUUUUGCCUUUGAAUUGUAAGGUCUUUUUUUAUAUUUUUAUUAGAGGUGACCUUUAUAAAUAAAAUCCACUUAUUUGUAUA